AUGUGCUCAUGGCCAUUCUCUUUGAAGAUAUUCUGGGCACCUAUAGUAGAUACUGUUUAUGUGAAGUCAUGGGGGCGUCGUAAGACGUGGCUGGUGCCUUGUCAACUGCUCAUUGCAGCAGUACUCUACUACCUUUCCCGUCACUACGCCAUCUGGCUUCAUGAAAAUGAUGUCACGCCUCUAUUCAUGUGCUUCCUCAUAUUAUACUUCUUAGCAGCUACUCAGGACAUAGCAGUUGACGGAUGGGCCAUCACAAUGUUAUCUAAGAAGAACGUUGGUUAUGCAGGCACGACCAACUCGGUAGGGCAGACCGCUGGAUACUUCCUAUCCUUUUCUGGCUUCCUGGCUUUAGAGAAGUUGGGAUUCGUCACUCUUGACACCUUCAUGGCUUUCAUGGCCUUCAUCUUUUUCAUCUGUACGGUCCUAGUGGCUGUCUUCAAGAAAGAGGACGACACAGCUUCAGAAGAUGAGCCAGAGUCGCUUUCUCAUGUCUACGCCACCAUUUGGCGUAUGUGUAAGAUGCCCUGCAUACAAGAUGUCGUAUCUCUGCUUAUGGUGAUGACAUUGCCCUUUGGAGCUGCUGAUUCAGCAGGCCUCAAACUGCAAGAGCGAGGUGUACCUAAGGAUGUAAUCGCACUUUUCGCUACACUCAGUACUCCAGCUUAUAUCUUCUUACCCUGGAUACUUAGUAAAUAUGCAGCUUCUGCGCGACCAUUGGCCAUGAUGAGGGCGGUAUACCUACCCAAGGUCAUGCUUGGCCUAGUAUCGAUGCUGUUAGUAGUCAUAUGUCCCACUGGUGCUAUAACGAGGAGUAAGACCCAUCAUGCUCAGCCAGGGGAUGAUGAAGUAUCAAUGCUAUACUAUUGUCUAUGCUUCGGCAUAUUAAUAGUACAUGCAGCCCUUUCACAAUGCAUUUUCCUGGGUAAGAUGUCGUUUUUCUCACAAGUAUCGGACACAUCCAUAGGAGGCACCUACAUGACGUUUUUGAACACCGUCUCCAAUAUAGGUGGUAAUCUUGGGCAGCAACUGGGACUAAGAGCUCUCGAUUACCUCUCUAUAAGGAGCCCGGCGACUGGCGAGCUUAUGAUAGAUUCGUUUUACGUUACCUGCAUGUUGGGUAUCGUCUUCGGCGUCGUUUGGUUUAAAUACUAUGGCCGCUCGUUGAUACGGCGAAUAGAAGCCUAUAGUCCGACUGACUGGUUGGUACACAGUCCCUCAGCAGGCCCUGAUGUGAUAAUAUCGAAUAGUACGUCAGGUGUUGGUAAGUUGGAAUGACUUCAACAGACCUGUGCGUUUCUUACAUUUAACUUUA